AUGGCAAGGCUUGGAGUUACAAUAUGUGCAAAGAUAAGAGAGAGCACAAGAUUUUAUCCCUACUUCAAGGAUUGCAUCGGAGCUCUUGACGGCACACAUAUUUUUGCGAUGAUAACAAAUAGUGAUGUGCCUAGCUAUCGUACUCGUAAAGGAUUUGUAUCACAAAAUGUCCUCGCGGCUUGUAAUUUCGAUCUAUAA